CAGGCCCAUGGAGAAUCAGACUGCGAUGGUGACAGAAUUUAUUUUGCUGGGAUUUCCUCUCAGCAGGGAAGUGGAGCUGCUGUUCCUGGUGCUGCUGCUGCCCACGUUCCUGCUGACCCUCCUGGGGAACCUGCUCAUCAUCUCCAUUGUGUUGUCCUACUCUCGCCUCCACACCCCCAUGUACUUCUUCCUGUGCAAUCUCUCCAUCUUGGACAUCCUUUUCACCUCAGUCAUUUCCCCAAAAGUGUUGGCCAACUUAGUAUCUGGGGAUAAAAUCAUCUCCUUUGCUGAGUGUAUCACUCAGUGCUAUUUCUACUUCUUCCUGGGCACAGUGGAGUUUCUCCUGCUAACAGUCAUGUCCUAUGACCGCUAUGCCGCCAUCUGCUACCCGCUGCGGUAUAGCACCAUCAUGAGAUCUCCUGUCUGCGUUGGGACUGUUGUCUUCUGUUGGGCGGGAGGCUUCCUAUCUGUCCUCUUUCCAACCAUCCUCAUCUCCCAGCUUCCUUUCUGUGGCUCCAACAUCAUUAACCACUUCUUCUGUGACAGUGGGCCCCUGCUAGCCCUGGCCUGUGCAGACAUCACCGUCAUUGAGCUGAUGGAUUUUAUGCUUUCGUCCACGGUCAUUCUCUGCUGCAUAGUCCUUGUGGCCUAUUCCUACACGUACAUCAUCUUGACGAUAGUGCGCAUCCCUUCUGCAAGCGGGAGGAAGAAGGCCUUUAACACGUGUGCUUCCCAUCUGACCAUAGUUGUGAUUUCGGGUGGCAUCACUGUGUUUAUCUAUGUGACUCCCUCCCAGAAAGAAUACCUGGAUAUCAACAAGAUCCCUUCAAUAUUGAGCAGUGUGGUGGCUCCAUUCCUCAACCCAUUUAUAUAUACCCUGAGGAAUGACACAGUGUUGGGGGUCCUCAGGGAUGUGUGGGCCAGAGUCUGA